AUGGGAGGUAGACCAAAAGAGGGAUUUUAUAGUGUUGUGAAAAUACAGGUAGAUUAUUUAUCUAAUAAAAAAGAAAAAAUCCCAUCUAUUCUUGUUUUCACAGAGGAAGAUAAAUAUGGUCUUUACUCCAAUUUGUUGUUCAAGUAUUUUCUCGCAGAGGGAGUUGUCUGUGGACAUGACUUGUUUGUUGCUUCUGCUAAAGAGCAUCCUGACAACAUCUUAAAGGUACUUCCAGCCCCUUUGCUUGAUGAUACCAACAGAAAUGAACUGGGAGAAGAAGCAACAGCUGUUAAGUCUCAAGAGUUUCAGGAUUCUAUGAAAAUAGCUUGGCGCUACCAAAAUUUACCAAAAAUGGAGGCCAGCCCAACAACAUCUACAAAGUUUGGCCAUUAUUACGACAUUUCUAAAACAAUGUCUCCAGAACUGUUUCAGUCCGUAAAAUGGCACAGUUUUUAUCUUCCUGAAGAAUUAUCUUCACAGCCUGAAAUCAAAACAUGUUAUAUGAACAGUGCAUAUGCAAGGCUGCUUCAGUCCAUUCAGAGGAUCAUUUACCAGGAAGGAUUUGAUGGCUCUGAUCCCCAGAAAAAGCAAAAGAAUAUUUUGCGGAUAGGAAUUCAGAGUCUGGGUUCCAUGUUGUGGGGUGAUGACAUCUGUAGCAGCGACACUCCUGAAGAUAUUCAUAGCCUUACAAAAUUUCUGUAUGUUCUCCGUGGCCUCCUCCGAAAAUCUCUGUCAGCCUGCAUCAUCACGGUGCCAGCUCACCUUAUUCAGAAUAAAGCAAUUAUGGAACGUGUAACAAACUUGUCAGAUAUGGUGGUUGGUCUUGAAUCAUUUAUUGGCUCGGAGAGAGAAACCAAUCCAUUAUACAAGGAUUACCACGGUUUGGUUCAUGUACAUCAGAUUCCUCGGCUUAAUAGCUUGAUCUGUGAUGUGUCAGACACGAAGGACCUUGCUUUUAGAUUAAAAAGGAAGCAGUUCACCAUUGAGUGGGUGCAAGACAACUACUUGAGACAAGAGAGGAACAUUUAUCCUCCAGGCUUCUCAUACUUACUCAAGCAGAAAGACUCUGCAUGGGGAGAAGGUUCUUUACAGCAUUCCACAUUUUUAAUGAGCUUCCUUGCAAAGGCGACUGCAUUUGCCUCCAGACUUGUCAGACACAGUGAGCCGCGCAAGCAAACAGGAUCUGGCAGAAUCCGCCAAACUGCUGAGCUCAGGAUGUGGUGCUAUGGCCAUCGGCAAGAAGCACCUGGACUUCUAGCGAUUCCUACUUAG